AGCCAACAAUUUUUUUUAGAUUGUAAUUAUAAAAGGGUGAAUUUUCACCGCCAAAUAUGGUGAACUCGGACAGUCCGUCGUCACCAUUGGAUAGCCCGUUAACGACGAAGUUCCCACUCUCUGUUGAGAACUUUCAAGUUCUUUUGCAAGAGCUAAACGACGGGGCCGCGUCGAUGGCGACACCUGGAACGACUACUUCUAGUACUUGUUCGGAUAGUGCAAGCUCAGACAGCGGACUCACAGCAACUUCACAGAAUUCUCGGAAUGCGACUCCAUCUACGCCAAAGAAGCGGCGAAGUUCGUUAAAAAAGGAUUUUCGCCAAACCGUAUUCGAAAAUAUACAUUAUCUUGGCUGUUCGAAAAUUGACGACCCGUCAAAUGAGGCCGAAAUGCUUAGGUUGAUGCGUUUUCUUGAUGAACAGCGGACAUCUGCCACAGUGACCGUGUCCUUAGCUGUUCCGCAUUCUGCUCGAGGCAUAGUUGUGCUUCGUGAUGGUUCCGGCACCGAAUUGACGUCAUUUCCUGUGCAAAGAAUUCGAUUUUGUGUCAGAGGUCGCUUGGAUUCGGCUCAGAAGCACUGCUUCAGCAUUUCUUUCACUCAUUACGGUACAGAUGGGGAGCAAACACACCAGUGUCAUGUGUUUCGCAGUGCUCAACCUGACACGGCUGGUCGAGCUUUGUAUUGCUUCUCUCAGGCCUUCAGUAAUAACGGACCCGCAUGUGUGGACGGGGAUGAGAAGAGGAUGGAGUUCAAAUUCGAAGCAUAUCUUGAAAUCCGGGAGAACGAGGGAUCUCACUCAUCCCCUCACUGGGUUCUAUGCCCACAGCAAAGUAAUACGCUGAAGUUGCGAAGAGAUCGUCCAAAGAGGCUCAUAGUCCAGCUCAAGCAGGUUUCCGGUCCACCUCUCACAGUCACGAAAUGUUUCGGGAUGCUGCUGGCAGCUGGUCGAAAUUUACGACAUAGUGACAUGCAAUUACUCGAGCUUGAAAGCAUGGGACCAGGCGCAAAUCCAUCUGUUUAUGUGAUAAACGCCAUCUGGGAUCCUCGCGUGCAUAUAUUUGACGUGUUAAAUACUGAAACUCCUAGAGAUUCACGUGUGUUCCUGACGGUAGCCGCUGAUGUCAUCUUAGCUGAGGCUGGCGAACCGAUCCGAUUUCGAAUUGAAGCGAAAGCCAGAGUAUUUCAUCGCGACGAGCGCUUUUACAAGUUACCACGAGUGGCCGUGCGUGAGGGAUACUCGCUCACGCUUGAGCGUGCAGAAGAGCCAAGCAACGGCGAGGCAUCAGGAGGCAGCUUGGUUUUCGUUAAAAUGGAGUCUGAUACGGAUCGGCUUUCCGCGAAACAACGCUUGGGCCGAAGUCCUAGUCGGAUGCCCACUCAACUCAUUCAACCAACAGGAGAUGACGAAUCUGAUUCUGACGAACCGCUUCUUUCGGGAUCCGGAAAUGUGAGCAAAGAUUGUCCAGAAGAGCUGAUGAAGCAGUGGACAGAAUGCAUAGAACAAUGGAAGAAGAGUGAGGGAGGCGAAAAGCCGGAAAUUGUGUCGUCUCUAAUCCUCAACGGUGUCCCUGACGUUUUACGUGGCGAAGUUUGGAGGCUGCUUGCUAAGGUGCAUCUCGAUCCAGAACUCGUCAAUACCUAUCAUUUACUUCUAGGCAAGGAUUGCCCUUCGGAACAAGUUAUAUUGAGGGAUAUUCAUCGGACCUUCCCAGCUCAUGAGAACUUCAAAGAAGCGGGAGGUGAAGGUCAAGAAUCUUUGUACAAAAUUAGCAAGGCGUACUCUCUUUACGAUGAAGAAGUGUCAUAUUGUCAAGGAUUAUCUUUUCUGGCGGCCAGCCUUUUGCUUCACAUGAAUGAGGAGCAGGCGUUUUGUACAUUGGUAAAGAUAAUGUACGACUAUCAAUUGCGAGACUUGUUCAAAUUAGGCUUUGAUUCACUUCAUUUGCGAUUUUACCAACUAACACGGUUACUAAAGGAGUACGAAAGCAAUCUAGCUGCACAUCUUGAGCAUAUCGGCGUUGAAACGCAUAUGUACGCUUCACAGUGGUUUCUCACUUUAUUUACAGCAAAGUUUCCACUUCAAAUGGUUUUCUUCAUAGUUGAUCUCUUCUUGAGUGAGGGAAUGAACACAAUAUUCCAUAUAUCUUUGGCAUUGUUGCAUGAUGCUGCUGCAGAUUUGUUACAAUUGGAUUUUGAGGGCGCGUUGAAAUACUUUCGCGUAACACUUCCCCGCAAAUACCGCACAGAAACUAAUGCAAAAGCGCUGAUUCAUCGAGCUGUGGAAUUUAAACUGAAGCACAAACGUUUAUUGAAGUACGAGAAGGAGUAUCUAGAAAUGAAGGAACGAGAGCGUGAGAAUGAGGAUCCUCUUGUGAAACUUCAGAAGGAAAAUGCUCGGUAUUGCGAGACGAUUCUUCGACUUGAACGCGAAAAUGAUGACCUCGCACAUGAGCUUGUCACUAGCAAGAUUGAACUGCGACGGAAACUCGACACUGUGGAGGAUCAACUUGAAACAUCAGCAAACACUAUCGAACGUGUGACAAGACAGAAUGAGGAUCUCGCAGAGGAAAAUCGUAAUCUGCAGCGAGAGUACAACCAAAUAAAAGAGAUGUACCGUAGAGAGGUGUCGCGGUUGGAAGAAGAUGCAAAUCGAGCGAGUAAACUGCUGGCUGAAUAUAAACAAUUGUUCUCACAGAUGAGUCGGAGAUGUGACGCUGAGCGCGAGCAAUUCCAAACUCAGAAACGUGCCAUAAUUUCUCGGGUAUCAGCUUGUGAUAAAUGCUGGCCAGCUGUCGAAGAGUGGGAGGCGAAUCGAAGUCCAGCUCGAACUCCGCAAGAUGGUCCGGACCUGCUUUCACAGCUUGAAGAACGAGAGGCUCAUGUGAAAGCUUUGGAGAUUGACCUCGCUCAAACUAAACUAGCGCUCGUUGAAGCAGAAUGCAAAAAUCAAGAUUUGACCCAUCAGAUGAUGACUCAGAGUGAGAGCGAUGGAAAGCGGUGGUUCAAGAAAACGAUAUCAUCUUUGCGGGAAGUUGGCUCAUCAUUGAAACAACAUGAACGUUCCCAUAGCGUUGUUUCAGUCGUUGAUCAGUGACCAUCACUUUUGGUUUAGAAGAGCCGAUAUUUGCAUUAGUUAUUGCAUAGUAUAAAUAAUACGGGAUGCAUUGAUUUUCACAUGUCAUUUCUUUUGUUAUGCUCGUUUUUGUCUUUCAGAGAUUAAUUUAUUACUCAUCACGGGCUGUGCAUGCACAAUGAUUGAUUUAUACAUUAUUAAUGAUAUUUCGUAUAUGUUUCUAUCUGGUUUCGAUCUUGUGCAAUUGGGAACUGCAAAUGCUGAAUCAAAUAAAUAUGAUUU